CAGGUCCGCAGCUAGCAUCACCAGAGUGGAGAGGAGACAAGUUGACAGCAGAGCAGAAAGCAUGGGAAACUAUGUUAAAAGUAGCAGACAGUGCUCCUGGAAAAGUCUGAGGUACUUUUAGGUGGACUGAAAACUUUUCCCGAGCCACAUACCACCUCACAGCAGCGGGAAACCAUGAUGGAUAACCAGGGAGGUGACAGAGAGUCUGCCGCGGGGAGCAGUGUGUCAGCCCGGGGAGAGGAGCCCAGCAGCGGGGAGCUUCCUCCGGAACUCACCUGUCCCCCGGAGGACUACCGCAUCGCGAAGUUCAGCCUGGCUGCCUACCUGCUCUGCUGGGCCCUGCUCAGGUGGUACCAGAAACUCAGAUGCCAGUCUGCCCCUCCACAGCCCCAGGAAGCCCUCGAACACUCCCCCCACCCCUCUGAAGGAUUAGGCUUAGAGGAGGGGGAUUUGGGUGCUGACUCCCAGGAAUGGUGCAAUAGAGGCGCAGGAGGGGGGAACACAUCGGAUGAGUAUUGUGACUCCCGCUCACGGCACAGCGACACCCUGUCAGAUUUGAGUCCGGAUGGGGAGGACUCUGUGGAUGCCCUGCUGGGACUGGAGGGUGCAUGCCUUAGUCGGAGAGCAACAGUCGGCACCUUCCGCACUGGGCAGAGAAAAGCCAGACGGAGAGAGGUGGUGACGGCAAAAGAGGAACGCAGAGAUGCACAGACAGAGACUUAUGUUGGACGAUUUAGAUGUAGCAGGAGGAAAAGCCCAGAGAACCACGUGGAACCUAAUAUUCCCACGAAGCUCAGACCUUCAGACCUGUGUCAUCCGUAUACAGAGGAACUAGACUUGCAACAGGAACAGUCCACUUUACAGGCCGUUUGCACCGCAACUCAAGUCAAGGACAGCACGGAGCCAUACAGUUUACAUGUACAAAGCCAACACAACACAGACACCUUUGACAAGAAGGUAAAUAGUCCACCAGACACUCAGGAAGUGAAGUUGCAUGCACAACCUGAAGAAAGCAACAGACUGAGUGAAUCCACAGAAACAUGCACAACACACAUAGAUACCACGGAGGAUAGGGUUGUGGAGAUACAACCACAGCAGAUCACACAUGAACACAACACACGGUUACAGACAGAAAGAGAAAGAUUAGAAGUCUGUAGUGUUCAGGAAGUAGAGAAUAUUGAACUACUCAGCGCUUACUCUGUAGAGAAAAAUACACAUUUAAGUAGAUGCAGUAGUGACUGUAAUGAUAGACCUCACAGACACAGAGAACAUGUAGAACAGCACGGUGUAAUUAAUGAAGACAAAGACGUGCAGGCUCUUAAAGCGCACAAAGACGAAGGGGACUUGUGUAAGAGUGUGGGCACAAAUGAUAAUGCAACCUAUAACAGAAGAGAGAGUAAUUGUAAUGACAUAACAUGCAUAGCUGAUACACAUUUUACACAUCUGAAAGAUACUCCGGCACACUCUAAACCAGAGACAGACUCUCAGUUAAGUACAGGAAUUGUUGGUGCAAGUCCAAACAUCACAGAAGCACAUGGCACAAAGAAAAAUAGUGCCUUAGAAAAGCUCACAGACACAAUCAAUACCGUUAAUAUAUUGGCACACAAUGUGGAUGUUUGCUGUUCACGAACUGUGUGUGAGGAGAGACCGGCAGAUAUCCGCCCUCAGGUUUGUAAUAGCGAAACAAAGCCUCAGGAUAAGGCAAAGGUGUCGGGUGUCUGCCUUCAGGCGAGGCAGUUUGGGUGUGCACCACCUGGGACAGUAAAUGAAAUAUGUUCAUCCAUCACAUUUUCUGCAGAGACCUCAAACUCUUUUACAUUGGACACCUGUUCUGCUGAAUUAACCUCGGUCCCAAAGGCUUCUACUGGAGCUUCACCUGUCCAAACAGAUCAAAAACAACCAGGUCGAACCCAGGGUUUGAUCCCUAAUCUCUUGGAUCAGGGGGUAUUUACAAUAGAAAUACCCUCUCAUAGGCAGCUCAAAUCUGCGAACAAGCUUCUGGAGAAGUCACAGUCGGGCUCUGUAGAACCAGGAGCUGACUCAACUCAAAUCCCAUCCUACAUUUGUCAGGAUUCUGAUGAACGUCUGCCUCAUCAAACAUUCUCAGAGAAUCUGCCGUUUUGUUCUGGCAACCAAGGAGCAGAGGAAUCCUCCCGUCUGUUGUCAGAGAACUUUGGAGGAGAGAGAAGGAGGGAAGGAUCACCCUGCUCGCUUCUCCAGCAAAACAAGGAGCACAAGGUGGAGGGUAGUCACGCUUAUCAUGAACAAAUUGUUGUAGGCAGUGUCCAUCUUCCACAGUUUGGCACAACAGAGCAAAGACUAGAUCCAAAAGCAACUGUCAGUGAUCCAGAAGCCUGCUUUACUUUAGGAAAAACAUCAACCUGUCCUGUGGCUACUGAGUCCCCUCAUGAUAUUAGCAGAGAACACCACCGGGUCAAUUCCCUAACAAACAUAAAAACUACUGUCAGCACACUUUCUAGUCAUUGUAAGCAAGUUCAGCAGCUGCGUAAGAUCCCUGAACCUCCCGAUAGCCUGAACGCCUAUUUUUCUCUCCUCUCAGACUCCAACAAUAACACUGAGGCCAGUACAAAAGGGGUCGGAAGAGGGGAGGGUUCAGUCUGUUUCUCACGGGGAGCCCACGACAAAAGUAAUGAGAGAAUCAUUUGUCCUGUAGUUGAACCGUCAAUGAAUGCGACCAAUAACCCUUUCGAAAAUGUAGCCAAGACCCAGGAACAUUUUGAGGUGUUCCAGUCUUCUCUGGACUACAGAAGCAAUCGCAGUAGUGAAGAGACUGAAUCUGUGCUAGGGAAAAACAUUUCUAUCCACAGCCAUUCAAGACUGGCUCAUGCAGAUGGAACUAAACCAGAGAAGAGUGAUGAGGGCAAUACUGUCAUAAGUCUAGGGUUCAAGUGCUCGAACGCCGAAAGACAUGAAGGUCUUGAACCCUUAGGGUCAAGUUCAGACAGCCUAUUAAUGGACAGUGCAUUUAGCCAUCACAGCUUAUCUAACAGAGGAAAAGGCAGCUUAUCCGAACCAUUAAAGGAAUAUACACCGGCUGAGGGGUUUAGAGACCACACACAGGUCACAUUGUCAGCUCCACAGCAGGAGGUCAGGGUGAGGUACACACACCCUGAUGUCGGCCAUAACCUGCUUCCCGUCAGCAGUUUAGAGCCAAUUCUGGAGGCUGAGCGAUCACUGGAAUAUUGUGGCACAACAGAGGAUGACUUUAAAAUCGAAACAAAGGAAGAAUAUGAGGUCAUGAGGCCUACAGAGGAAGUUAGGGCUUACCUUUCAGGGGUCAUAUCCAGUCCCCAACACCAGCCUGAACUCGAAGAAGAAUCUUUUACUUCUGCUGAAUCAGAACCUGACGUGAGCCCAGCAACAUCUUUUCUGCAUGGUAGUGGCGGACCUAAGACUUCUGCCUAUGAUGCUGUGUCUUGCACCUCAGCGAGCAGCACCUGCGAUGAGUUUGAGGAUCCCGUUUCUCCUUUAGACAGAAAUACCAACCAUGACAAAAUGACUAAGAGGAGCAAAUCAAAAGGCAGCCAGGCAGGAAAUAAAAGCUCGAAGUUUUCUGUAUUUGCAAAAAUGCCUUCUUUUAGGAAGUCUAAGGGCUCAAAAGGUGCAACAGGUGAGGAGAUAACCCCGGAGUCAUCUGAUUGCGGAGGGGAGGGCAUUCUGUCUGAGCAGGGGCCACAUAGGGAGAACUCAGACGAUGAGGUUUUUGUGAAAGGCAACGUGCUUAACCAAACAGUCCACCAGUCACUAUCCUCAAUGCAUUAUGAGAUGGAAGAAGAGGACUCUGGCUUUUUCCCCUCUUCUCCCCAAACUCGCCAUGUACGCCAUGUAUGCCAUGUACAAGAGCUGGCCGGCCAGGGGAGUAAUGGGGAGGGAAACGGAGGACCGAGCCCAGACAACCCCCUCCUCAGUCUUGCCCAGGCCCCCAAUGGGCAGACGUACAAGAGGAGCAAGAGCAAUGACAGUUUAAACAUCCGCAUGCGCUUUGCACAAGCACACAAGUCUCUCUCCAGCCUGUUUGAGUCCCGUUCUUUGGAUAAGGAGAAUGAGGAGCAGGCCACUGUGGGCACUGAUGUGGAUUCUGGUUUAGCCAAACAAACCUCGAGGAGGCUAAAAAAGGCCAGGGAGGCUGAGCUGCUGAAAAGAGCCAUUUCAGUGCCAGAGGGGGAAUGUACCAGCACAGCUUCUGGGCAGAGCUGUGAAGACAUAACGUCUUCUCCACUCCUGGACAGGCUCAGCAGUCCAGGGUCUCCCACAUCCCCCGGAGCCCGCCGCCAUACUGAUCCCAUCUCUAAGCGGGAAGUUCCCUGGGAAGCGAGUGGAAAUGAAACCCCCCAUGGCUGUAAAUCUGAAGGCCAGAGAAGGAAGUUAUCACCUAAUGGUGAACCUGCCACUGAGUCGGGCCUUCCUCUCUUUCUAGAUGACUCAGCAGUCUCACAGCCAAUCAACACCAGCCCUGUCUCACCUUUAAGCUCCUCACUAUACACCCUUACUCAGCAGAUUUCACCAGCCUGGACCAAGUCCCACCCAGGGGUCAGUGAGAGUUUGCCUAAAGGACCCGUACGGCCAAUGAGCCCCAAACCCAACAGUCCCAGGCCGACAGCUCAGCGUAAAAUCUUUUGCUACUCUCACUCAGCGAGGGCCAGUUCUGCCUGUCCUUUCCUUCUGAGCCAGUCGGUCAGCGUGGAGGGAUUAACAGACCCCCCCGAGAGACCUAAGACCCUAAAACCGUCAGCUAGCCCUGUGGGGGUCAGCCUCAGCCCUGUGGAUGCAGCCGAAGGCAGAAUAGACAGCCAGUCACAAAUCAGCUCCAUUGGCUCUAUCAACGAAUUAGAGGGAACACCAAACAGUGGUCGCCCUCGCAGCCUGUCCAGAACAAGAAGGCUGUUGGAGGUGAAGAGCGAGGUGAAGAGCGAGGUGAAGAGCGAGGGGAAGAGCGAGGGGACGCCCUCUGUGGUUCUCAGUGGGCUGAGGACAGGCUGCUGGGUGGGCGUGGUCCGUGACGGAGGUGGCCAGCAGCGAAGGAGAAGGUUUCUCGACGACCACUGGAUCGAAGAGCAAAAGAGAAACAAACGCAAACUGGCCAGAGCCAUCCGGGGGAGUCUGGGCCAGCUCCACACGCUGCUGUCUGAAGACAUGGACAAAACUGAUGCUGGAGUGAGCUUGGGUCCCAUUGAGGCUUUCCGUGGGAUGCCCCUGAAAUCCCACUGCUUCUCUCAGAGCACCCCCAUCGGUCUGGACUGCCUCGGCUGGAGAAGACACAUCUCCUACUUCUCGAUGGUGGUCCCUGACGGAGCAUCAGAGAGGUGUGGGCUGGGGGAUGAUCUGGGCAGCGAGGAGGACCUGCUGUAUGAAGAGUAUCGAGGCUCUGGUCAUCGCUUUGGACACCCGGGAGGAGGCGGGGGCGAGCAGCUGGCCAUCAAUGAGCUGAUCAGCGAUGGCAGCGUAGUGUACGCCGAGGCGCUCUGGGAUCACGUCACCAUGGACGACCAGGAGCUGGGCUUCAAAGCCGGGGACGUCAUCGAGGUAGUGGAUGCCACGAACAAGGAGUGGUGGUGGGGUCGCAUCGUGGACAGCGAGGGCUGGUUCCCUGCCAGCUUCGUACGGUUGCGUGUGAACCAGGAUGAGCCCAUGGAGGAGUAUAUGGCCCACUUGGAGGGGGCUCAGGCUGGAGAAGAGAACCGGGCCGGUCUGGGUCUGUUGCUGGGACCUGGUCUACCCUGCAAAGAACAGAUGAGGACCAACGUCAUCAACGAGAUCAUGAGCACAGAGAGAGACUACAUCAAGCACCUGAAGGACAUCUGCGAGGGUUACAUCAAACAGUGCCGCAAGAGGACAGACAUGUUCACUGAAGAGCAGCUUCGGACCAUCUUUGGCAACAUCGAAGAUAUCUAUCGAUUCCAGAGGAAGUUCCUGAAAGGCCUGGAGAAGAAAUUCAACAAGGAGCAGCCGCACGUCAGUGAGAUCGGCUGCUGCUUCCUCGAACACCAAACAGAUUUCCAGAUCUACUCAGAGUAUUGCAACAACCACCCCAACGCCUGCAUGCAGCUCUCUAAGGUCAUGAAGGUCAACAAGUACGUGUUCUUCUUCGAGGCCUGCCGACUCCUCCAGAAGAUGAUCGACAUCUCGCUGGACGGCUUCCUGCUCACUCCGGUUCAGAAGAUCUGCAAGUACCCUCUGCAGCUGGCUGAGCUGCUCAAAUACACCAACCCACAGCACAGGGACUAUAAAGAUGUGGAGGCGGCCUUAAACGCCAUGAAGAACGUGGCGAGGCUCAUCAACGAGAGGAAACGGCGCCUCGAGAACAUCGACAAGAUCGCCCAGUGGCAGAGCGCCAUCGAGGACUGGGAGGGAGACGACAUCCUCAGCAGGAGCUCUGAUCUGGUCUUCUCAGGAGAGUUGAGCAAGCUGUCCCAGCCUCAGGCCAAGAGUCAGCAGAGAAUGCUCUUCCUCUUUGAUCAUCAGAUGGUCUACUGCAAAAAGGACCUGCUGAGGAGAGACAUGCUGUACUACAAGGGACGGAUGGACAUGGACCACAUGGAGGUGAUAGACGUGGAGGACGGGAAGGAGAAGGACUUCAACAUCAGCGUGAAGAACGCCCUGAAGCUGCGGUCGCUGGAUGGAGACGAGGUCCACCUGCUGUGUGCCAAGAAGCCCGAGCAGAAGCAGCGCUGGCUCCGAGCCUUCUCCGACGAGAGGACUCAGGUCCAGCAUGACCAAGAGACAGGCUUCUCUCUCACGGAGGUCCAGAAGAAGCAGGCCAUGCUUAAUGCCUGUAAAAGCCAUCCAGCUGGGAAACCCAAAGUGACCAGGCCGUACUACGACUUCCUGCUGAGACAGAAGCACCCCUCCCUCCCCACGGCCGUGCCCCAGCAGCAGGUGUUCAUGCUGGCCGAGCCCAAGCGCAAAACCUCCACCUUCUGGCACAACAUCGGCAGACUGACACCCUUCAAGAAGUAAAGGGGGAAAGAAAUCUGAAAGGAAGAAGUAUGGGAUGAAGGAACAGAGAAGGAGGAGGGGGGCUCCCUGCUCGUGCCUGAUAGACCCUUUUUAUUCUCUCUUUUCUUUCCUACUCGUUGCCCUAAUACUGAUCCAUUGUAUAGAUAAGGAUGAUUAUGAUGAAAAGGAGAUUAUUUUUCGAAAGCACUUUAAAGGUUGGUCAACAAUCAGACUUGAGAAUGGUCUCCCGGAGACACGGAGAGUGGACUCUUGCUUAACUUGCUACUACUACUACUACUACUACUACUACUACUACUACACCUUCAAUCCGGCGCCGAUUGGUACUAAUACUACUACUGUACUGCUGUGAGCGAGCGGGGGACUCCUGAUUGUGCUGCCUCUGUGAAGACGUUGGCCAUCGUCAAAAUUGUGUCAUUUCUUUCCACUGUUGUGUUGUUUUAUGAUUUCACAGAUGCCAAGUGUUCACAGUGCCAGACGAUUUGUUUUUAUAUUUGUUUGUUCCGUGUCUGUUUAUGAAAAAAAAGGGAAGAGAGGAGGUAGUUUCCUGUGCUUUUUCUCCGUGCAAAUAUAUCAUUUCUAAAGUGUUUUCGUGAUCUCCAUCUGCCGAGCUCUGUAUGUCUCUGGUGCGCACACUUCAUGAAAUGCAGGAAGAUUAGGAGCGACCCACAACUAGCGGCGACACACACACACAUUCCUCGAGUCUGUUCCUCGACUCCUCCUUAUACCUACCAUGUCAAUGAAAGUAAAUAGCCUGUUACUUUUUCGUUUUUUUUUUUUAAAGUGCCAUUUUGAAGUGUGUCAUGGAUGACUUACAAUGACAUGCAUGGAUGUGAUGAAAAAAUACUGUGAAGAAUAUUUUUUUAUCUCUGAAGAACCCUGCUAUAUUUAACCAGAUCCAAGAAACUGGGAUUUCAUUGUGCUACCAGGCUGACACGCACACGCACACGCACACGCACACACACACACACACACACACACACACACACACACACACACACACACACACACACACACACACACACACACACUGACGUUCUUUUAUCUACCUUUCCUCCCGAUAGCCAGUCAUCCUGCUCCGUGUUUCUGGUCCUCCAGUAUAACCUAAUUUCACAUCAAUGCAGCCCAGUGAUUUCCCUCUGUAAGUGCAUUCAGUGAAAUGUGCUCCUUUCACCUUUUAUGUUCAAAUGUUUUUGCUUCUGACGAUAUGGAAUAUUAAACAUUCCUAAGCUGAUAAAUGUGUCUGUCGGUCGAGAUCAUUAUUAAUUUAUUUCACACCACACAGCACUCGCACAUCAUGGGUGGGCACGU